AUGCUUCUGACCUUCGCCACCUUUAUUGCUCUCACGGCUUCAUCGUUUGCGCGUAAGCAGACCUUCACUGUGACUGGAAAUCUUGAAUGUAAUGGUAAACCAGCCGCACAUCAACAGAUUGAGCUGAAAUUCACAGAUCCACUGAUGAAAGGCGAAGUAGCGGCAAAUGUCAAAACCGCGUCUGAUGGGUCCUUCAAAAUCAGCGGAUCCAAGAAAGCGAGGGCUUCGCAAAAAGCGUAUGUGUGGAUUGAGCACAAAUGUGAUCCAAAGCGAAGAGGAGGCUGUGAUGUAAUGAGCUACUUACCAAUUCCUUCAUCGUAUGACGGGAAAGUCUAUUCAAUUGGGAAGAAGGAACUGUCAAAAGAACUUUAUUACAAUAGUUGUGAUGACGUGGACAAUUAA